GCGGUCCUGGGAGGCCCCGAGGCUGCCCCAGGAAGUCUCCAGCAGCGCAAGGAGGCCCCACGAGGCCGCCGGAGUGCCUCCGGAGCCAUUUUGGCUCAAGCCGGUUCGGCUCAGGUUUUUUUUAGGCUCCGCCACGCCAGCAGGCGCAGGCCCCAGCAACCAUGGCCGCCCGCCGCAGCUCCCGCACCCUGGCUUGCCUCGUGCUCGCCGCCGCCGCGGCAGUCGCCGCGUGGACGGGCUCGGCUGCCCUCGUGCCCAUGGAGGCUCGCCGUGCGGCCGCUGGCGCCGCUGUGGUGGCCGCGCUUCUGGGCCAGCAGGUGCAGCCGGCCGUCGCCAAGGACGUGCUGCUAACCGCGUCCGCGGACCCGAGCGAGCGGAUCGCGGCGCCGAUGAUCGACAACUCGAACCUGGUGAAGGGCGUGCCGUUCGCGGGGGAGAACGCCCCCCGGUAUGCGCCCCAGGUCGCACAGUCCGAGGACGACCUGCUGUUCAAGGGGAACAACGGCAUCAAUGUGCUGGAGUACGUGCGGGCUAAGAACGGCUGGGUGGGCCAGAUGCAGUUCGACUCUGCAGCGGAGGAGGCGUCUGCGAACAAGCUCCUCGAGAAGCUGCGCUGAGUAGGCGGGGCGUCCCCGGGGACGGCGACGCCUUGUGGAGCUCCAUCAGCUCCCUGGCCCGCCGCUCAUGUGUGUGUUCGGCGCGCGUCACAUGUGUUUUUUUCUGAACGCUCUGCGCAAGCGGAAAAAAAAGCCGCCAGAGUGCCCACACAGGAUCUCCAAGAGGGCCAAAUCAGUCAGCGUGAUUUCUUUU